GGUAUUCCAAGUUUUUGGGUUACACUCUGGGGAAGCUUAAUGUAGUCUUCACAGUUUUCGAAUCUUGGUGUAACAGUUUAGUGGCAAUAGUAGUGACAAUGGUCCACUUGAAGUUAUUAAUGCCUGAUGGAUCAUUUUUUGAGCAUAAAUAUGAUCAAGAUACUACAGUUGAGCAAAUUACUUCUACUUUGUUCAAUGAAUGGCCUGAUAGUUUGGGAACGAGGCCAGAUUCAAAUCACCUGAAACUUAUUUUCCAAGGCCGAUUUUUGCAUGGCUCUCUCAAACUGUCAGAAUUGAAACUACCCUCUGAAACCAUUACAAUGCAUUUAAUUCAACAUAAAACGAUGUCAUUGGCGAGGAUAAAUGGUCAACAAAAAAGAUUCAAAAGAAGAUGUUGCCCCCUGAAUUGUUUAUGUCUACCUUGAGGUCAUUGUUCUGUUACUGUUCAUUUGCUUAUCUCUGCAAUUAUCUAAACGUAGAUCGCCUCAAGUUAAUUAUGCCAACGUCUUUCUUCAGCAGACCACUAAUUUCCUCCAUUUUUUUAAAGAUAUCAAUAACUUCUUGGUAGAAAAAACAUCACCCUACAGUUUAUGUUGAUUGUUGUAAACCUAGUCACAUUAAGUCAGCAAUGAAUUGAAACAUUCCUAUCUUAUCCUUCUCUCUCAUACUCAACCCUUCUUUGUCCUCUUCUACAGGCUCCUAACAAAAAAGAAUUAUAAAACAGCGAUCUUCUAAUGCAGCAUUUCUUUAUUUAGAGAUAGAAAGAUAAAUAAUAAAUAUUAUUAGUGGGUUGUUCAUUUAUUCAGUUUACUAUUCAUAUUUUGUCUCUUAUUCUUUACAUUUUAUUUAUUUAUGGUUUGCAUUUUUGUACAAAUAAAAUAAUCUCAUAUUAUGUAAUCACUAUUGACAUGUCUAAUAUUGAACUUUUGUAGAUGUAAAUGGGUAGUUUAUUCUUAAUGUAAUAUUUUUGUUUUAAUAUCUUUAUUUUAAUUGCUGUUUCAUUAACAAUGAGUAGAUUUGUAAAAAGAUGAUAUGCGUUUUUGAUCUUCACUAUCUUCUUUCUUACUUAUUUAUCAUAACAUAUACUCUUCCUGUUUACAAUGUGCAAUAUAGUAUUUAGAGUAUU